GUUACAAACUCACUCCUUCACCUCGCAGGUCAAUUUAGGUCUGCUAAUUACGCCAAACCAGGUGAAAAUAAAAUAUCACAAAAAUGCCAAAAAGGAAGUCACCAGAAGGAGCUGAGGGUAAAGACUCUACUAAAGUCACAAAGCAAGAGCCCACCAGGAGGUCAGAAAGGUUGUCCUCAAAGCCGGCUCCAUCCAAACCUGAACCCAAACCCAAGAAAGCUGUCGCCAAGCAGAAACCAGCCGACGACAAAGCUGUAAAGGGGAAAAAGGGCGGAGCCAAGGGGAAGAAGGAGGAGAAGGAGCCCGUGCCUACUGAGAACGGAGAGACCAAACCAGAAGCGGGAACUGAGACCCCUAAUGCUGAAUCAGAGAAGAAAGAAUGAACGAACCAUCAGUUACUGGUUUUCUUUAAAAGAAGGACCUUUUUUAUUUUUUAUUGAAUAUUUUGUAAAAUGCUAAUUCCUUUUUAGACUCGAUGUAGUAGGUUUACCCAGAAAUCUCACUUCACACUCCACACUGCAGCUCUAUCCCCCUCUCUUUCUCUUUCUACAUCUUCAUUGAAAGAAAUAUUUUCAAAAAAGGCCACAAAUGUUAACUGAGGUUCUCACCAGCAAUUACCACAGCAACCACUUUGGUGUAGUUCAUCAAGGACUGGUUAUGAUGUCAUUUCCCGUGACAUCACAACCACUAAAACUACCCACGAGGCAUUGGUCUGUCAGGCGUCACCAUGUCAGCUCAGAAUGCGAGUUUGAUCACGCAUAUGAAUAGUUUAAUGUCAGUGAAUACAAUUAACAUAACUAUUUGAAAUAUGAAAAAAACAAUAGUUGUGGCCUUUUUGGUUUGAAAUCUCUGGAAGAGUAAGUGAUGGGAAUGAGACCUGCUUGGCUCUUUUUUUUAUUCUCUUUGUAGGGUGUGUUGGGACUUGUGUACAUUUCUGACUUUUUUAAGAGCUAAUCAAGGUGACUCCUAACAAUGGCAGAUCUCCAUAGCAAUAAACAUGUGGUGCCUGGUGCUAGAAGGUUCCAUGAUUUGGCAAACACUUCACAGACAGCUCAGGAAGAACACCUGGACUGAUUUGGAAUACUCUAUCUGUGGAAAAGUUACCAAAUAAAAAAAAAAU